GUGGCGCAUAUGUAUUUGGUGCCUUCUUGUACCGAUAUCUAUGUGUCAAAAUAAUAAUAAUAAAGCAGAAGUCUGAGGAACGACCGUGAGCAGUAAUGGAACAGGCGGCGGCUGUAGGUAACACAAGACAGCUGUACAGACUACUAAAAGAAACUGGAAUUAAGAAGUCAAGUGUAAGUGAGACAUUCUCGGAAAAAGACGACACUCAUAUGCUCCCAGUCCAGACUUUAGAACGAUGGGCGGAACAUUUUAAGGAGCAGUUCAACUGGCCUUCAGCUACUCUACAACUGCCCACCAUUCCCAGAUACUGUGAAUGGAAUAUUAAAGUAGAUCCCCCGAUUUUAUCUGAAGUUCAAAAGGCUAUAGUUAAUCUAAAACGAGGAAGAGCAGAUGGUCCAUAUGAAUUGACUCCAGAAGUCUUUAAGAAUGGUGGUGCGAUUUUGGCGAUCAGGUUGACUAAUAUUUUAGCUAAAUCUUGGAGUUGGACGUAAUCCCAUCUGACUGGU